AGAUGAAAGAAGUUACCAGGCAUGGAUAUUCUUUAAAAUUAUUGCUCCUAUGUACUUCCCUCUCCUUCCUCACUUCUGAUAGCCCUUUAAUAGCUCUGUGAGCUUCUGCAGUUAAGAGGUAUUGGUUGAGCUGUAUGACACAUGGCAGUGGCUUAUUCAUGCAGCAAGCAUAUCUUAAAAAGCAUUGCUUUGGUGGAAAAGGAGUGUGAAACUACACAGCAUGAGUGAAGUGUAGCAUGGAAGCAUCUGUGGACAAUGUAUCUUACAGGCUCUGGUUACUGCUGGCUUUUGUUCCAAAAAUAGCCCUUCAGUAUCAGUAGUUUCUCCUUGUGGGAAGCAUUUAACCGCUGUUGUCGCGAACUCCCUCGAGGAGGCAACUUCACGGAAGAUGGCUGCUUCCGCGCCCUCUCUCACGCCGUCUUCCGAGGUACCCGUGCUCUCAACCCAGCACUUGCUCUUCUGUCACGUUCUUGGAUUGCGCAUGUUGCUCCGCAGUAAGUCGCCUUUCCCUUCUCUCCCCGGGGCGCACCGCUCCCCUCGGGCUCUGGCGGGAGCCCCGCCUCGCUGCGGGCUCUGGCGGGACCCGCCCCGCUGCCGUCGCCGCCGCCGGGCGCUUGCCCUCUGCGGGGCGGGCGGCGCGAACCGCCGGGGGCUCCGCAGCGGCGCGGGGCGGGAUGCUCGGGCGCGCUGCGGCCCUCUCCCUCCGACGCGUCGGCUCCUCCCCUUCAAGCACCCGGGGCGGGGCUGCGCUUGCUGCAGGAACCUGCCCUUUAAGAGCCGCCUCCCGCCGCCGCCGCUGACUCCCCGGCCGCCGCCCGAGCCCGCCCGGCGCCGCCAUGGUCUCCUGGAUCAUCUCCCGCCUCGUGGUGCUGAUCUUCGGCACCCUCUACCCCGCGUACUCCUCCUACAAGGCCGUGAAGACGAAAAACGUGAAGGAAUAUGUGAAGUGGAUGAUGUACUGGAUUGUGUUCGCCUUCUUCACCACUGCAGAAACUCUCACAGACAUUGUUCUUUCUUGGAAAUUGAUGAAUACAUUACUCAGGCUCGUGACAAGAGCUAUGAAACCAUGAUGCGAGUUGGCAAGAGAGGGUUAAACCUUGCUGCCAAUGCAGCAGUUACUGCAGCUGCAAAGGGUCAGGGAGUUUUGUCUGAGAAGCUGCGAAGUUUCAGCAUGCAGGAUCUCACUCUGAUCCGGGAUGAAGAUACCGUGCAUAUGCGAAGCCAGGAGCCACAGCUGCACCCCUCUGGUGGAAGUCUUCUUGAAACCAUUGAGGACUCGGCUUCCUGUUACUCCUCAGGAGAGGAGAGCAGUGUGGCACAGAGGUCUAAUGGAACCCCGUCGGAGACUAGAACAGACCCAUCAGAUGAAGAUGCAGGAGACAAACUUCCUAAACGUACCCAAAGUCUCAAAACUCCUAAGAAGAUGAUGAAAGCUGAGCUUCCAGUAAGAAGUGUGAAAGCCCGCCCUAAGAAGAAAGCUGCAGGCUCUCUUGCUUCUGGCGAGUCAUCCUAAGGAGACCUCCCCCUCCCCAGCACCUGUCUCUGUCCCGGGAUUUACCUGUCCCUUUUGAGGGGAAACUCCCCAAAGGAAGGGAGUUGAGAUUCAUGUACAUAACAGAUACUGCUUUGUAGAGCUCAUUCCAAGGCAAGGGGGAGGCUGGGAUUCAGAAAACGGAGUAGAGGAUACACAUCCUCAGGAAUUUUCUCCCUUUCAUUUCUCUGUUGGAGGGAAUGCUGAUAUGUCUGUACAUAGCCUGUUGCUUUGGAAUUCCCACUGUAUAACCCUAGUUGGGGAGAAUCUUUGCUGGAAGAACUGACUAGGGUUAGAGACAUCCAUUGCACAGAAGCUGGAAAAAUAUUAGACACUGGAGUUCCACGGGGGUGGGUGGCUCCCUAAAAUGUCUUAUCUUGCUCUGGGUAUUCUUCUGCAGCUGUGUGUUGUUAAGAAGUGCCCACCAUGAUUCAUCUUCCUUAAGAAUGGACCAUACCUGUCAUGUCCGUUCCCUUUGAGAACGUGACUGAAAUGAUGUAUGCUGAGUGCUUUUGAACAUAGAGGACUAGCUUAUGGGAGGAGGAGUAUGCUAGAUUCCCAUUACUAGUACUGGAAGAUGAAGAGAUUGGGUUUUUAUUUUAUUUUUUUCUGGAAGGUGAAGGGAGAUAAUUGAAAAACUGAGUAAUGAAGAAAAUGUGCUGUUAUAUGCACAUGUGAUGGAGUAGACACAGGUAUCUGUAAAAGUUAACUAUUGAGAAGGAAAGCUGGGCAUCCGUAAGAUUUUGCCUCUUUUUGAAGCUACUUGAAUUUUAUUUUGGGUUCUGUUGUUCACUUCGAUUCCUGUGAGAGUAUCAGAGUGAGGCAAGUCCCAUGCAGUGGGAAAGCUUGUCAGGGAGGCUGUUGGUUUGCUAUUUAGUGGUUGAAUUCCAUGUCAUCCUGGUGCUUGUUACUAUGGACAAAUUCUUUCAUUCUAGCAGAUGACUGGGGAAAAUCUGGCUCAAUAGUCUGUGGGCAUACUUGAGAAUUUCAGAAGCCCUUAUCUCUCAGCUUUAGGAGAUCCAGUCCUCAGGGCAUGAGAACUGAUAAAUAGCUGAGGUAUGAAUUUUGCUAAUUCCAGGAUUGCAUUUGUGGGGGAUAAAAAGCAGGGAGUAGGGCACAAUACUGUGAUUAAUCAGUCCUCUUCCUUUAUCCUGCUGCAGCCCUUGCACAAAUUUUCUGUCUGACCAUGUGCAAUGUUUAUCAGUGUCCUGAGACUUGAGCAAUAUGUAACACAUUUGGGACAGAACUACAUUGAAUGUAGAAUAUGUAUUGUGGGAGUGGAAUUGCAGUGCUGCAGAGAAAAUUUGCAUCAUGCCAAGCCAUACUGGAUUCUAAUCUGUUGAACAUUGUUAGGGGGAGAUCCCCCGUACACAUGCCAACAGAGUCAAUGGGAAUUUGAGAUGAGUAGGGUUCCUGUUGUUGAGACCUAUAAUGGGGAGAGCACCAUUAUAGACAUGGUUGUCUGAAUGAAUGCUUGAUGGUCUUAAUCUUUACUGAAACUAGUUAUCAAAGGAACCUGGCUCCUCCUUCCCUACUGAAGACCAUUCUUAGCUCAAGGUGUAGGCAUUUGUGUUUGCCCACGUCUUUUGCUCUCACAUUUCUGAAAUUGCAGGUGGAUUCUUCACAGAGCCCAGUAUUUUGCUGUUGACAAUGUAUAUAAGCACUUCUGCAAGUAACGUUCCACAAGUAUUUCUGUCCUAAAGAAUAGCCCUUCAGAUGUUUGUAAAGUUGAAGUUUAGGACUGAAUUUUUCUUCUUUCCCAUUGUGUUGGUGGCAAAUUGUUAUGAACUGACUAGUUAUUUUAGGAAACCAAUUAAGUUGUUUUACUUUUAUUUGUAGCUUUUAAAAACUGAAGUCUUGACAGACGAUGUCAGAAACUUGCGUCUUGUCCAAAAUACUUGUCCUAAAUUAUCCACAAGGCCUUAUCCAGAAGCCAGUAGAAAAUCCUUGAUUUGUCUUUGAGUUUCACAAAAAAACCCAAGUAUUUUGUUCUUUUUAGUUUGUUAGCAAACACUGUAUACGUGUCUCACUAGUAUAUGCAAAGGCAUGUCCUGAAGCAAGAAUUCUUUCUGUUUCCAAAGGAAAUUCCUCUCUCCAUAUGAGGGAUAAAAAUCUUUACUGAUUAUGUGGAAGAUCAGUUGUGAGGAAUUGCUGUCCUAGUUUUUACUGUAUUGAACAACAUAGAACCAUUAUUCUCUAUAUACCGAGUAUCUCUAUGACCACAUUUCUUGACUUUUUUUUAACUAAAAAUUUCCAUAGCAAAUUAUUUAUGUAAAUCAUUGUGAGGGACUUGAUUUGGAAGCCAAGGAUUGGUUAGUCUCCCCUUAAUGCUGAUCUUCAUGCCCUUUCCUUGUGCAUGCAUUGUGAUAGUCUUGGAUUACUCGGUUUUCAUACAGUGACUUUCCAGAAUGUUUUCUAGAAUCAGGUCAUUUGUAGUAACUCUUCCUGCUUUGAAGCACAGGAAGAAUUUCUGAAGACUCAGUUUUGGCAUUUGGAUUUACCUUUGUCUUCCUGAGCUAGGUCCUGUGCUAAGUAUCUUUUACUUAGCAUUGAUGCUUGAUGUCAUUAGCCUGUGGGUAAGUACGGGUCAGUCUUACUCUGAGUUUUGUUGUACAGGGGAGUGAAAUGACUUCUGAUUGUAGGAGAGGGUCUGGAGUAGAGUCGGGGACUAUUAUCUAGUGUGUGAUAUGAAGCUGAUGAUGUCAAGCAGCAGAACUUACCCAGAGCAAGAACAAUGUCUUAGCAUGGACACUAUUUUCUUCUUCCAGUACAAAUGUGACUGCUAGGUUGUGCUCUGCUUGAUCAAAAACCUCUGCAGAUCUGCCACCACCCACGUGACCUCUUAGUGAGUUUCUAGAUAUAGUUCUGCAUUGGAUGGCAUGGUCUUGCAUAGAAAUUCUCUUGUUAAUGAGAACGCUGAAUGUGCUGUUUUGAUAAAAUGCUUUUAUCAGCUGUUGUUCAGUGUUUUCACCAGGAAAUGCUGGAAUGUAGUUUCUCUUCAGUAUCAUCCGUGGGCUUCAUUGUGCAAUUAAGCAAAUGGUUAAAUCUUCACCUAGCAGUAGAACCCAUUGUGUUCAGUAAGCGUUUAUACCCCUUUCCUAAUAUUCCUGGGCACAGAGGGAAGAGCAGUAAGAGAAAAUGAUACCUGAAGUUGGGUGGGGGGUGGUAUGUGUGUGUCAAACUUUCUGUGCCUAAAAGUUAUCCUAAAAUAGCUGUACCAUGAGAUACAAAGUGAAGCCAUGACUGCCUUUUGGAAAGAAAUGCUGUACCUCCACACUUUAUAAUACUAUGAGUCAGUGUUCUGCUGUUGGAAAAGAAAAUAGUGAAAUGUGGUUUCCCUUCUGAAAAACUUCAUGAUUUGCUGCAUAAAAGGGAAAAAAAAUGUUUUCUUGCUUGGCAGUAUCCUCCAUGGUGGGUAAGAAAUAGGAAAAUAAGGGGAGACUACUAUCAGGUUUUAAACCUUAGACUUCAACUAAACAUCUUAAUUUCUUACUGUUCUUAAUUGAGUUUCUGCCAAUUCUCCAGCCUUACAUUUCUGAGUAUGGGGGACUGAUUUCUUUUAGACUAGAUUAACUUCCUUGGUAGGUAGAGGGUGUAUUAGAGAGAGGGAUGCUGGUGUUCUUAAAAUUGCAAAUCUUGCUCUGGGGAAGCUACACGUUCCCCCAUUUUAGUGAAUUGAGUUCUGUUUAUUGUAUGUUUGCAGUGCUGGGCUUUCUCUUUUAUACAUCCUCCUUGGAAGUAUGAUUCUCUCACAAUAUAAGGCCAAGUCAUUUCUGCCUUGAAAAGCAAGAUUUCUAGAGAACCCAAACUUUCCAAAAAUUGUUAUUUAUUCUUUACCAUCUUAAUCACCAGGAAAUAUAGUGCCUUAAAAGGAAAGCGGGAUAACUAUGGAAUACUCUGCUGGUUCUCUGAUCUGCACAUAGCAUUGUAUCAAGGAGGCUUGCAUGUUAACUGUGAAGUGUCAUUAUAUGCUUGAGAGCAGCUGUUGAAUUGAGCUGAGUUUUCCUAUCGUGUCUUCCAAAUUUGCAUAUAAUGCUGGAAAGUGUGGCUUACUGCCUAAGAGGGAAAUCUAGGGGGGAAAAAAAAAUACCCUUCUUUCUGACGGGGACAAUGUAUUAUCACAUUACUCUGCUACUUGCUGGGGAGAUGCUGAAUCACAUCUUUCUAUGUAACUGGUCAGUGCUAUAGCUUUUCUUACCCACUAAGAAUUUGUAAUGUGCCAGUUGGCUGAAGCAUCUUGUGGUGCUGCUUUCUGAGUUGCCCUAUAAAGUCAGAUAACAUGGAAAACCAGCAAAGUAUUCUGAAGCUAUAUGAGCUCAUAGAAUCAGAGUCAUCGGAGUUGGAAGGGACCUUUGGAGGUCAUCUGGUUCAACCUCCCUGCUCAAGUAGGGCCACAUGGAGCCAGUUGCCCAGGAGUUCCUCUGUGCUAUUUGUGGGCUGGAGGCUACUGAAUUUAAUGUUUAAGAGCUGGUAUGUGCAGAAAUGCAUAUGCUGUAUGGGGAUGUACUUUAGCGUUACUGAGGAGAAAGGAUUCCUGGUCACCUUUCAUCUGGAAUUUGGCACUAUUACAAGACACUAUAAACAUAACUCAGUCUUAUGUUACUUAAAGGUAUUGUUAAGAAGUCUAGAGCCUUCAGAAGAGAUCUUAAGAGGUGUGCAGAGUAACUUGUGAGAACAAUUGGUUUGAACAGUAAAUGAAGACAAUAAACCUGCAUAGCAGCUAAGAACCUGUCUUGUGAGAUAGAAGUAGAGUGGCAAAUGGGCUGUGUACAGUACAGAGUUGUCCAGGAAAUACCGCCGGCUUUCUGAUCCUCAAGCAAUACUUAAACUCUAAACAGGUUAGAGCCUGAUUUCUCUCUUACAGCACCUCUCCCUCUGUGUCUUACCUUCCUAAGCUGAGCUUGAGCUACAUGCAUUGAGAUUCUUGAACCUUUCAUCACUUCAGAACAAUCAAGUUUGAAUUUUACCUCAGCAGGUAGCUGAUCUGCAGGGAGGACCAGAAAAAUAUCAAGUAUCUUGCAUCACUUUCUAGUAGAUAUGUUAUGCUGGGCAAGCACCAUCAGGGAGCUCCAGAGCAUACAUUCAUUAGGGAAAUUACCACCCCCCACAAAGCCUACAUGUUGGGAUGAACCAAAUGCUGGACUUUGCUCUGCUCACAUGAACAGCUAUCUGUAGAUAUAGAAAAUUCAAUGUCAGAAUUGCCAGUGCUCUAUUUCUGAUGAGAACUGGAAUCAAAAUAAUAUGAAGUGAAAAGAAGCAGUGGCAAAAAAUUGGCUGUUUUUUUCUGCAGUUUUGCAGGUAAGUUUAGGUCUUUGCUGCUUCUUUGCUUAAAACCUUCUUGUAAACCCCUUGCAAGCAGUGUUGCUUCCUUGCUCUGUUUCUUAGCUCCUGUCCCUUCAUGACCUGGUUAUGUUUCUUAUGUUUUAUCUUAUUAAGCAAGGGACUACUUCCAUUUUGCUGACUCUGGAGAUAUGAAAAAUACUGUCUUUUAGAGCUGAAAGUUAGCCUUUUUCCAUUAUUUAAUCCUAUGACCUAGAAUCAUACAGUGACUUGUACAACAAGGCCUAAGGCUGGAUUCCCAGGUGGAAUCUGAGCAUCUAUUGCCAGUAGCAUAGUUUGAUGUAUUUCCCUUUUCUUGCAGUGGCUUCUGGCUGAAAUAUGCUUACUGCAGACCCUUUGGACAAGAGCAUUCUGUCUGCAUUUAGCCAAAUAAUGUUAGAAGUAAUAUUUGUGGGAAGGCUGCAAAAGUGAGUGAACUCUAAAGGGGGAAGAGUUCAAGUCUUCUGUAAUAUAUAACUGUCUGAGACUAUCUAAAAGAUUUGUGGCAGCAGUAGAAAUGCAUUGCUAUGCUGACUUACCAAAGAUGGGGAAUUCAGUCAUGUUCUUUGUUUCAGUCAGGUCAGGGAGGAGAGUCAGGCUGGGUCGCAAGCGUAUGAAAUUUUUACUUAUAAGGGAACUAAUUUUUUAUCCUAAGUAAUGCUUAGCAACUUAUGAAGAAGAAAGCAAGUUGAAAAUUUUUGGUGACUAUAAAAUUAGGAGGUAAAUUAUCCUGAUCACCAAACCUAGUGUUGAAUACAAACCUUUUGUAUUCAUGCUGCUGCCUUUUUGUGAAAGCACUGAGUUGAUGGACUCCUCACUUUUGACUCUUCUGUUAGAUUAUUUCUCAAAUGUUGUGAAUGUCACAUUGAGAUAAAUGAAAUUUUUAUUUUGAUAUGUGACCAUGAAUUCAUGUCUAAAUUCAGGCAUGCUGAGCUAUGUAUGAGACAGUGUUGGUUGAAUGAAAGCCCAGUAAGAAAAUGGAGAAGCUGAGACAGAUCUAGCCAGGUAAAGAUGACUGAAGGACCUUCCUUGAAGUGCAGAAAUUAGAGACUAUGUAGCGAUGCUUGGUUUUGAUUCAGCAUUUUCAUGACAAAGUUCCUGUUAGCACGGUGCUGAUCUAAAGGCAGUAAGGCACAGGGAGGGUUGUGAAUUGCUCUUUUUGUCCACCAGAGGGUAUAGGCGUAACGUACUGUCACUGAAAAUGAGAGAGCAGAGACUUGCUGAUAACAGUUGAAUUAUGACAGGUUGAACGUCGAUAUUUCCUAUGUAUGAGAGUGAAGGUCCUGUUUAGGAAUGGGGGGGAGGGACGGAGGGAGGGAACAAACUGGGGCUCUAAUGGAAAAAUAUGAAGUAAUACUGCAGUUAACCCCUGACUAAAAAGGCUAUUUAAGCUUGCCAGGCUUUCUAAUUGAGCCACUUUGCAGUGAGGCUUGCUGAGACAAUAGUGUUAGAGAAUAACUGUCCUCAGAUCUUUUUGUUGUCCAUUCAAACCAUUUUCUAGCUGCAGGAAGCGGCUCUGUAAAUGGCAAUGUUUGUGAUUUAUUCCUCCCCCUUUUGCAAUUAACUAGUUUUCUGUGUGUUUGUGUAUUCAGUAGUGUUGCCCUAAUUUAUACUCUGAAUUUUGUAGUAUUUCCUGGUAAGAAUGAGUAGUUUCUUUCAAUUGGAUCUAUAUUCUGUGAAAAUAGAAGCAAUUUUAAUCUAAAAAUACAGAUGUAUCUAAUGGUUACUAUGGUAGUUUGUGACCAUGGCAACAGAGAGUUAGCAUUCUGAAGAACAGACAGGUUUGUUCUUUUUUAAUGGUGCAAGCAUUUCAGGAAAAAAUACUGACUUUUUUAUUUCUUAACCAUACAAGAUCAUAUGGGUACAAGGGAUGUUGACAUUGUGUCACAUAAGAUUUUUAUAGAAAAGCUGAUGAAGUAUGGGCUGGAUGAGCAGACAGUGAGGUGGAUAAAAAAACUGGCUGAACGGCCAGGCCCAGAGAGUGGUGAUCAGUCCCAGGAGGUCUGACUGGAGGCCAGCAGCUAGCAGCAUACCCCAGGGCUCAAUACUGGGUCUAGUCCUGUUUGACAUCUUCAUUAAUGAUCUGGGUGAUGGGGCAGAGAGUAUACCCUCAGCAAGUUUGCUGAUAACAAAACUGGGAGGAGUGCCUGAUACGCCAGAAGGCUGUGCAGAAGCAGCAAGAGGUAUGUAUAUAGACUGUCUAACCUUGCAUCUCAACGUAUAUGGAAAUCCUAAUAGGAACAUAAUGAGACAGUCUGAGAUUCUUUCUGACGUUAAGAAAGAGGAGGUCUUUUAUCUGCAACAUCAUAGAUGGAGACUUACAGACUGAAGAAAGGUCCAGGACAUACCAGGAGGUCACUGUAGGAAAGAGAAAUAGAAUUUAGAAUAGGGCUGGGGAUUCUUUAUUGUCAGACUUCUUAAAAAAAAUUUUAAAAAUAAAAAAAUGUGUAUGUUUCUGUUCUAUUUUUCCAUCAUAUGAUCAGAGUUAAAUAAACAACAUAGUGCUUUCAGGCAGGUGCUAAAUUUCAGCUAUAAGUUGUGGAUUGCCCUGACAUAGUUGAGACCCCAAGAACAUUUAUUGCAUUAUAGGAAACGCUUAGUAAUGAUUUAAAGAGUUACAUUUAUAAAAAAUUAAUACAUAAUAGAGGGUGGUAGGAAUGGCUCUCAUGACUAAGCCUCAUAUUUAGUGAAUGGCUAUCUCUGCCAGCGUAGAGCUAAUGUAAAGGCGCUCUACUAGCAGCACUCAUUGUCAGUUUUAUAAGGAAAUGUGCUGGAUGUAAGUUUAGCCAAAGCCAAAUCACAGCAUUUUCCAAGCUUUCUCUUUUUCCUAGGCCCUACUGGGGAAUCUAGCAACUUAAUGGAAAUUACAGCAUUGCUGCUAUCGUUUGCUAAUUUGGGGCGAUGAAUAUCUUGAAUUAAAUAUAAUCUAAACUGCAUUUAAAAGCUAAUUUUUGUAAAAGCCAGCUGUUGUGACCAUUCUGUAUUUGCCACAGGAAUAUAUUAACUAAUCAGUAGAGCCACUGUGGUGCUCAAAGACUGUUGCCUCAGAAAAGGGAAAACAGAGCAAAAGCCAGCUCAAACUGAAUUGUUUCAGCUCGUCCAGUCUCCUGUCUCUGAUACUGCUAAGUCUUAUCGGAGGACCGGUGGGCAGUCUGGAAUUAACACACACAUUGGAAAAGCCUGUUCCUGACACUGUCACCAUGCUCUGAAGCACGGUGAUGUUAAAUGACUGGGUUACUGGGGGUUUUGGGGGGGAAAGGGAGUUUGAAUUUUUUCACUAGUUUUUUGUAGAGUCAUUAAAAGUAUGGUCACUUGCUGCAGUAUAAUGACUUAAAUGUAGGAAACCCUAAGGCAUCCUAAUCUCGUGUUAUGCUUGCUUUGUUAGCCAGACUUUUUCUAGGUAUCCCUUUACAUUCUUUUUUGUGAAGACCAUUAAAGAAAAUCGUGUAUUAUCUCUUUGAUAUCUUGCUCUUUUGCUCUCAUUAGGACCCAUUGUUUUUCUUCCAUUUCUUCCCAGAAUACGAUACAAAAGGCUUUAUCGAUGCAGAUGUGCUUGCAUUCCACAGGGUGGAAGCUAAUCCUUAUUUCCCUUCUCGGUUAUUUUGACAUUUCUGCUAGAAGCAGCUUUCCUGGCCAAGUUCCCCUCUGAGGCGUAAGGGUCAUGAACCUGUAAAUACAGCUCUUCUUUUGGGGUUAAAGAGUGUUUGGAAAAGCUUAUUAUGCUGUAUCUGUUCAGGCUGUAUCAACUUCCUGAAGAUCAUAGUAGCUGACAAGACAAAAAAAGCAUCAUCCAAGGACUAAAUUUUGAAUAUUACAUAUUGCUACUGUUUUAUUGGGUCUCUCUUGUAAGUGGUGCCCCAAGCAUAACUGAACACAAGUAUAUGGUGGCACCUCUAGACAAAAGUUGCUUUGAUAGAGGCUUAGUUGUUGAUGUGGGUAGGGGAGAGAGGUUCUGGAAGUUCAUUAUUCACUUUUUACUUCCAGUUUAUUUUGACAGAUAAAUGUCUUGAAUAAUUUGAAUUGAAAUCUCCAUGUGUCAUUAGAAUAGGUUUGAGUUGCAGGUUUGGCUUUUUGUUCUUUGCUAUUGAGUUUACAUAAGUUUCCUCACACCAGUUUCUUACUAUGGAUGCCUAUGAAUGUUUUUCUUUAAAAGGCUGCUGUUUUGUUAUCUUCUCAAGCUGUGCUCCUAAAUAGUUUUAAUUUACCUCCAUGUCUUUCUUAUGUGUUUAGUCUUCUGCCUUUCCCACCUCUCCAUUGUUGAAUAAAGAUAUGAAAAUUAAUACAGAGUCCUGCUAUUUCUGCCAUGUAAAAAUCAAGGCAAGUUUUGAGAAUCUGGUUUGUCCUGGCUUUGUUUCCUCACGUAGAUGUUGCCUCUCAAUUAGAUUGUGUCCACUUCCCAGCUGUUAACUGAGAACUUGGAUUCAUAUCACUAGUGUAUUAAGUGGCCUUUUCCCUCCUGCAGGUACAGAUCACUGUAGAAUCAAAUUCUAUUACUGUUACGUAUCUAGGAGACCUACUUAAAUGGCAACUGCAAAUAACUUCUGGGGAGGAUAGAGGGUGGAAAGAAUUUAUAUGUGCAAAGGUAGAGAAUUGUGAAUAUCUGUUUCUGGGUGCACGUGCAGAAGCGUGAAUGUUUAGUCAAUACUACAUAGCUACUAUACUAAGGCAUGAAAUAUUAGAUUGGUGAGGAAAUAAUUGCAGUCUUGCAGGGCAGGUAGCAAGAACUGAACUUACUGAAAAGCCUGUGGUGCAGACAACAGGCACAGAGGGUGUGUGAAAUUACGAGGAAAAAAAUGGGCUGUGAGAAGAAUUUCCUGUGGCUAUCGUCAACAAUUGGUCCUUCACAGGCCCUGCUAGUGAGUAAAGCUCAUCGUCAGGGCUAGCAGUUGUAGUGACUGAGAUAAGAGAGGAAUUCAGCUAGCAGGGUUCUACUGGCAUCUUUCUACUUGGUGUUUUGGAUAGUGCUGAGGUCUCGAGCUGAUGGACUGUGGUCUCCAGCUGGAACUUAACAGCAGUAAUGGACUGAGUCUCUGUUUUUUAAUGUGUUGUAAUCCUUUCUGACUUGGAAAUUCAGCCUACCUUCCCCCCAAGUGUAGUUUUCCUUUGGGACUGUCGUGUAGGUGGAGCCUUUCUCUUUGCCCCCCCACCCUUGCUGUCAGUUUUUUCUGCCAAUGCUGUGAAUGUCAAACCUGCCAGCCUUCCACCUCCAUGGAUGUCCUCAUGAAGGAGGCAGAUUUGCUGCUGCUUCUGUUUCAGCUAGCUCAGAGUUGACAUUCCCAACCCCAGUGAUCAGAAGCUGAAAUGUUUAUGUAGUAAAUGGAAGGUGUUUGUCUGUAUUUCUGGGCAUAUGCAAAAAAUAUUGUGUGGUUAUUUUGCUCUCUGUAUAUGUCUGUGACAUUUCAUAACCCCACUUUUCUGAGAGGACAAGUGUAUAUUCAUGUAUUUGUUGUACACUCAAAUACGGUACAACAGCACUUGACCUAUGCAGAAUGAUUACAGGAGCAGUUAAUGAGUUGCACGGGUUUGGACUUUGAGUUUGCCUGUUUUUUAGAACACUGGCAACUCUGGAAUUUCAACCUCUUCUCCUCCUGGGCUAGCAAGCUCGAGUGUGAAGUACCACUGAAUUUGUGAGUUGUGGGUAGUAGGUUAGAGAUGAUUGGCAAGCAGCUUAGCCUGCUAGCACAGCGAUGGAGAUAAUCCUUUUGGAUCCCAGAGAUGAUUAUCUGGUCAGGAACGUUUGUCCUGGUUUACGAUGUUGACUCACUAGAGCUGUCAUUAUUUAGUAAUAUGGAUAACCGUGAGGCUUUGGAACCAUUCUGUGCAUUCAGUAGAUCUCUGCAGUUCUCAUCAGGCUGACUUCCUAUGGAAUGAGAGUACAAUUACCGGUCCUGAGCUGGCACACUUUUUUCCUACUGGUUGGAGGGGAGACGGUUUGUGUUCUUCCUAGCAUAUAGAAACCAUUAGAAUUGUUUCUAAAUCAUAUAUGUCACUUGUCUACAUAAGACGGGGAUCAAAAUGAAAACAAGGAUACAAAGCAAUGAAGUGUCUUGAGUAUAAUGUAUUUGUGCUUCUGCUUUUGCUUUGACAUGGGUAACCAGGCCUCACGUUCUUCCUGAUGGACCAUGCUACGGUGAUGAUCAGUGAAACACAUGAGUUUCAUUUUAGAGCCUCUUAGUCUACUGGCUAUAAGUGGUAGUAUCAGGGGUGCAAUGGUAUAUCCAUGGUGUUCUGGUUUUAGCCUUAAAAAUGUUUAUUAAUUGUUUUAUUUCAUAUAAUUGUGCCCAGCCAUUUGGCUGCUUUUUAUCUAAUCUGUUUUGGUUUGCUUGUGUGUACUUUAUGAAAAGCUUUUCUCAGACAGUGUUAAGUGGGCGAAGACCCUUUUGAAAUGGGUAUGUGUAACGAAAAGGAUCAGAGAUUCUACAAGAGCAAUGAAGAAUUAUUUCAGGGAAUGUCUGUUUAAACUCUCCAAACAGCUUUUCCACGUGUUUGUAUAUUAGUGAUUUGCAGGUGAAGGAAGCCAAUGCUUCCAGUUCCUUAGCACCAAAGAAAUAUUGUCACUCUAAACUCCAAGAAAGCUGGAGCAGUAAAACCUGUGCUAACUGUGGACAAAUAAACACAGCUUUUAAGUUAAAGCUUUAUUCUCUCAAUCAGAAUAAAUUAUUCAGCACGCAAACUAAAUAACUGUGAUUAUACAUAUCAAAACAGUUUUUCUUGAUAGACAAUACAGGAGUAAUGUGGUUCCAGAAGGAAUGCAAACAUGCUGUUGCUAUGGAGCUUCUGCCAUCAUCAUAGUAAAAAACACUGCAAAUGCUGACAUACUCAGCUUGGAAAAAAAGCAGUCAUAACCUUAAUUGAUUUUUACAGAAUUCAUUAAUUAUAUGUUCUAGCAGCGAAAUUGGAGAAACAGUCCCACCAAAGUAAUUUGGAUUCUUUUCAGAAAGUGAGCUAACUCAUGUGCCAGGAUUUAUGGUAAAUUUCCAUGCAACAAGAAAGCAAAAGACAGAAGCAGGGAAAGAAGACCUUACCAAUCAGCAUGUAGGUACAACAAAGCCACUGACCAAGAGGAACAUUCAUUGGUUGAAUGAAGUCACUACACAGAUGUACAGAUUUGUGGUAGACACCCAGCUGAAAAAGUGGCUCGAAGGAAGGUGUUAAACAUAAACAAUUAGAACUAUGAAGUCUGGAAAAUCCUGGCCUCUUUAGUACUACUCAAAAUAGAAGAAGAAAGAAGUAAUUGAAUACAUUGUUCAGUUAAGUUAUUCCUUUAAUCCUAAUUUGACAUUGUCAUUCCUAUAGUGCAUGCAUCUCAAAUCAUGCAUCUCAGAUGGGUUUGUGGACAUAGAAGAUGGUAUUUUACUAAACUUUACAAACCUAAACCUUUAAAUGUUGUCUUACAAAAUACACUCUGAUUUGAAUUUUGUGCAUUUUGCCUGAAUCCUUUUUUGUGCAGAAGCGUUCGGUAAUGAACGUAGACUCCUUAAAAGUAGAAUGACUUUCUCCCCACAUGUGAGGUUAUGCAAAUGAAAAUCACAUACAGUGAUCUUUUCUUGCUGCCACAAUAUAUAUCAAAUAUUGAUCCAAUGAUUCCUUACUGCUCAAUACAUCUUGUUUUCUAGAGUUCUUUCCAGGUGAUUAAAGACCUUAUUUCUUCUUGGAAGACAGUCCUUUCAAGUUGCAUUUUUUCCCUUUUCCCUUUUUUUUUUUUUUUAAAUUCUUUUAUUGCCAUGAUUUUCCUUUAAACCUUCUGAUGAUGCUAUCCUGUACCCCUGAAAUCAAAAGGAAUUUAGCUGUUAGAUAUUGUAGAUUCCUUUGUUUUUUAUGUCUAUGUUCAACAGCUUUUACAAUACAUCCUAACUUGCAUUAGUUGUGGGUUUAAUAUAUGAUUCGCUAAUGACUCUGAAGCAUAUCAGGUUUUAAAGUAUUCUGCUCAGUUCCUUUUCAACAUUUCUGUUACUUUUGUAGGUCUUUCUCAACAUAAUUGUUAUCUCGGAAAAUUAAAAAUCUGGAUAUAUAAUUAAAUGUGGUAAAAGUUCUUAAUAAAAUUGCUCUGUUCCUUUCCUUCUGAAAUUGCCUGUGAGGGAGCUUAAAGUAUAUAAUUUCAUGUCAUAUAUAACAUGCAUACAAUGCGCUUAUCCCAGCAUUCCCAGAAAUAAUUGUCUUUCAUGUAGUGGGUGCUUAUUAUGUGACUGAAGCUUAAAAGUCAAUAUCAUGUAUUCCUCGCUGUCUUUGAGUGUACUACUGGCCUCUCUCAUGCAGUAAAUUCUGUCAAUUUGUUCUUAUUUGCCUGUAUUGAAUGCAGAGGGCUUUGAAUCCCCCCACUCUAGUUAUUUUAAACAUAUAAACAUAUUUAUGAAAGUAUGUUUACAAAGAAAUAUCUCUCAUGGGAAGAAUGCUUGUAAGGUCCUUGACUGCUACUUAACCAGUGGAUCCCAUGAUUUCUUUUGUCUUUGUCCCUGUUCUAUUUUACUGUAAAUCAAAGAAUGACUUGUAGCAGAAUCACACACAGGACACAGAUUGGUACCUUCCUGUCUGUAGGCCUGUGGGGACAGUUGCUGGAUUUUGAGAGGUAUGAUGAGGCAUUAAUUUUCUUGAAAUGGGUCUUUUCCAUUGAAUACUGUUUAAUUUGUGGUGAGGUUAGUCUCUAAACUCUACAGUGUUGUGAAAACCAAAAUUAGUCUGUUGUUUUA